AUGGAACAAGUCUACCAGAACCUAGUGGCCCGAGCCCUCCAAAUAUGCCAAUACAGCCAGAGCACAUCGCCGCCCUCAAAACGAGUGAUUAUCGCGCUCAGCGGACCCCCGGGCUCAGGGAAGUCUACUAUCGCAGCUACAGUCGUCGCCCGGCUAAACUCAUUAGCCACCCGGUCGUUUGCGAUUGUGCUUCCCAUGGACGGCUUCCACUACCCCAAGAAGUACCUGGAUAGCCUCCCGAAUCCCGAAGAGGCCUAUGCGCGGCGCGGUGCACACUGGACCUUCGAUGCAAAUGGGGUUCUGCAUUUAGUGAAGGCACUGCAUCUGAGCAAGACGAGUCAGCAGGAGGUGAUUGAGGCGCCGCACUUUGACCACGGCGUUGGGGAUCCUGUUGAGGGUGCGAUUGCGGUUUCUCCCGAGGUAUCCCUGGUGAUUCUUGAGGGGAAUUACCUGGCGUAUAAUACGGCGCCGUGGUCUGAGAUUGUGAAUUUUGUGGAUGAUACUUGGUUUGUGGAGGUGGAUGUUGAGGUUAUGAAGGAGCGGAUUGCUAAGCGGCACCUGAAGAGUGGGAUUGAGACGACUUGGGAGGAUGCUAUGCAGAGGGCCGAGAGUAAUGAUAUACCCAACGGUAUUGAGGUGCAAACGAAUCUAAUUGAGCCGGCUGUUGUAGUUCGGAGCGUGGAUGAGGCGUGA